AUGGGCAACGUGUUCGCGUGCAUGCCGCGCAAGGAGCAGCGGGGCGCGGCCGCGGUGUCGCGCAGCAAGCGGAUGGGGAGCGCGCGGUCGGCGCGCGGCGGGCCCAAGCUCACGCCCGCGGAGGAGGAGCUCCUGCACCGCCAGGCGCUGGCCAUGGCCAUCCACCAGCACCUCGACGCUGGCGGCUCCAUGUCGCGCCGCAUCGACGCCGGGGCCUCCCUGUCCCGGCGCAUGGCCCCCGGCUCCACCAGCUCCCGCCGCCGCGGCGACCUGCCGGACUCCGUCACGAAUGCCAAGCCCGCCCCAAUUGUUCUGGAGAAUUUGGAAACAAAGAAAAUUGUCCUUGUUCAUGGAGAAGGAUUUGGUGCUUGGUGUUGGUACAAGACCAUCUCACACUUGGAGGAAGCUGGUCUAGAUCCUGUUGCCUUAGAUCUCACAGGUUCUGGCAUAGACCAUACUGAUACAAACAGCAUAGCUACAUUAGCAGAUUACUCCAAGCCAUUGAUUGAUUACCUUGAUAAACUUCCUGAAGAUGAUAAGGUCAUUUUAGUUGGCCAUAGUUGCGGAGGUGCAAGUGUGUCAUAUGCAUUGGAGCAGUACCCCAAAAAGAUCUCAAAGGCGGUGUUUCUUACUGCUACGAUGGUGAAGGAUGGUCAGCGGCCCUUUGAUGUGUUCUCGGAGGAACUCCGGUCGGCAGAUGUUUUCUUGCAAGAAUCACAGUUUUUAGUUUAUGGAAAUGGAAAGGACAAGCCUCCUACUGGGCUUAUGUUCGAUAAACAGCAGAUCAAGGGGCUCUAUUUCAACCAAACGCCUUCUAAGGAUAUGGCGCUAGCCGCGGUGUCCAUGAGGCCUAUCCCUCUAGCCCCAAUCAUGGAGAAGCUCUCCCUGACCCCAGAGAACUACGGCACCGUCCGCCGCUACUUCAUCCAGACGCUCGACGACCACAUGCUGUCGCCAGACGCCCAGGAGAAGCUGGUCCGCGAGAACCCUCCCGACGGCAUCUUCAAGAUCAAGGGCGGUGACCACUGCCCCUUCUUCUCAAAGCCGCAGUCCCUGAACAAGAUCCUGCUAGAGAUCGCGCAUAUCCAAUCCCCCGCGGCGCUGCUCCCAGCCAAUGCGAGCGCGGAGACUGCCUCCGUGGCGGUGGCGGCGAAGGAAGGGAAACGAUCGAAUACCAUGAGCUCGCGCUGCCCUUUUGCAGGAGCUACCACUGGUGGCGGUGUAUGCCCUGUGAAAGCCGUCGAUAAGAGCAGCGCUGGGUUAUGCCCCGCAGCAACAUCUGACAAGAGCAUCACUGGUGUGUGCCCUGUCACCGGCAAGGGUCAUGGUAGUGAGCACAAGGAAAGUACCGAUGGCGGUGAAGAAAAGGGCACCGAUGAUCCUCGCAUGGUGCCGGCAAAGUGCCCGUUUGGCUACGACUCCAACACAUUCAAGCUGGGUCCGCUCAGCUGCAUUGUCUGCCAGGCGCUGCUCCAUGAAAGCAGCAAAUGCAAGCCGUGUGCCCAUAAAUUCUGCAAGGCAUGUAUAUCACGCUUUAAGGACUGCCCGCUGUGUGGUGCCGAUAUAGAGGGGGUUGAGCCUGAUGCCGAGCUUCAAGCGCUUGUUGAUCGGUUCAUUGAUGGCCACGCCAGAAUCAAGCGGUCACAUGCUACAGGGGAUGUGGAAGCAGCAGAUUUCAAGGACAAAGUCAUAUAUGAAGAUGUUUCGAUGGAGAGAGGAGCUUUUCUGGUGCAGCAAGCUAUGAGGGCUUUUCACGCCCAGAACAUUGAAAGUGCAAAAUCAAGGCUCACUAUGUGUGCAGACGACAUCAGGGAGGAGUUGAAAUCUUCAGAAGAUAAUCUAGACCUAUGUUCACAGCUUGGAGCUGUAUUAGGAAUGCUUGGGGACUGCUGUCGGACCUUGGGAGAUGCUCCUUCAGCAAUCACAUACUAUGAAGAAAGUGCUGAGAUACUCUCGAAACUCCCCACAAAAGAUCUUGAGCUGGUUCAUACUCUCUCUGUUUCACUAAACAAAAUUGGUGACCUUCGCUACUAUGAUGGUGACCUCCAAUCUGCAAGGAACUAUUAUGCCCGUUCAUUGGAUGUUCGCAGAAGUGCUGUAAAAGAGAACUCAGCAGUGGCUUCCCAGGUCAUUGAUCUAGCAACUUCUCUUGCCAAAGUUGCGGAUGUGGAUAGAAAUCUUGGGAAUGAAAGCACCGCAGUAGAGGGUUUUGAGGAAGCAAUUCAAUGUCUUGAGAAGCUGAAGCUGGAUUCUGAACAAGCUAGCCUUGAACAACGGCGCCUCUCGGUUCUCGAAUUCCUGCACAACCAGUUGGCAGAUAAGUAA